AUGGUGCGGGAGGUGCUCACUGGUGUCGCGGCGGCCCGAUGCGCGGCAGACAACCUGGUGAGACGGCUGGACAGGGAGCUGCGGGGGGCGAAGGCGGUCAUCGCCAGCCUCCGCGCGCAGCUGGAGUGCGGGUCGCGCGGCGACGCCGCGGAGGCGGAAGCCCUCCGCCGCGAAGCCAUCGCGCGGCCCGCCUUGGUGGCGCGCGUCCGCGGACGCCGCGAGACCAGGGCGCAGCGGCAGAGGCGGAACGUCGCGUGGCAUGCCGAGCACUACCCGUCGGCCGACCCCCCGCCGCAGGACCCCACUGCGUUCUGCGCCCAGCCGUACCUUCCCCAGUGGGCGCGCUGGGCCGCGCUGCUGGAGGAGCUCGGCGUGGCGCAGCUGGCCGAGCAGGGCUCCGGCGAGGACGGCGCAGGGUGCACCGAGGCGGUAGAGACCGACGCGGCGGUUUUGGCGAGCCCGCCUGGCGACGCGGUGGAGCUCAUGGCCGGCGGCUCCGAGGUUGGCCCCGAGGAGCAGGGCGAGUCCGAGGGGAGCGGCGUGGCGCCCGUGCCGUGCGGGCUGCUCGGCGACAGGAGGGCCAGCGAGCUGGGCGGGGCUGUUCCUGUCGGGCAAGGGUGUGCGAGGGUCAAGCGGGUAUCCUUCGCUCCGUGGCCCGACGUCACCGCCUUGGAGGUGGGAGCCCUGGGAGGCCCGCUCGGCGUGGCAGGUGUUCUUCGGCAUGGCCCUGCCCCGCAGUGGGCGGGCCCAGCUUGGACGAGCCAGGCGAAGGCCGUCGACCUGAUGCACCUCUGCGAGUGCGAGAGGUCCGGCAUCUCCGCGAGGCCUCGUCGGCGACUCACCUGGAGAGUGCGUUUCGCCGAGGGGCCUGGGCGUGAGGGGCCCGUGGCCGUGGGCGCUGCGGCGCCGCGGCCGCCGCCUGUGGCCGUCGUGCAGGAGCCCGUGGGAGGUUCGGCCAUCGAGCACGCCGUCGGCAUGGAGCCCCUGGUCGCGGACUCCGUCGGCUGCGCCGCGGGCGAUGGCCACUCGGGCUCGGAGCGCGGGUUCGUUUCAUUCCUGGACGACUUCUCGGUGGCGGCGGUGGCGUGUGCGGCCCAGGGGCCGAAGUCGGGAGUUGAGUCACUCCUGGACUGGGCCGAGGCCCGCGCCCUCGGAAUCCGCCUCGGCAGUGCAG